AUGAUCUUUGGCAGAGGAGACCGCAAUGAGAUAAAUUGGUACUUGCAGGCCGUUGAUGAGAUCCACGACGGGAUGGAAUCUUUGAUGACAAUGGCGGAUUACAACAGCGCGAUCAAGAUAGCCAUGGUUCGGCUGGAGGAGGAGUUUGGCUACAUCUUGACCAGGACCGGCCAUAGCACUGCAAGGUAUUCCACUAGUUCUAGUUCAAUAAGUGAUGAUAGUGUUAGCUAUGAAUUAGUUGAAGAUGAUUACUUAGACUAUGAUAUUAUCCCAUCUGAAGAAGAAAUCAAUGAUCUCCAGAGUCUUGCUGAAAGGAUGGACUUUGUUCAGUGCGUUGAGGUUUACGGGAGAGUAAGGAAGGGUACAGUCUACUUGUGUUUUCAACGUCUUGGCAUCGAGAAAUUGAGCAUUCAAGCUGUCUGGAGGUUGGUGUGGGAUGUGUUGGAGGUGAAGAUCAAACAGUGGAUACGUGCAGCCAAGUUUUGUGUUCAAAUUUUCUUUCCCAAAGAAAAGCAACUCUGUGACCAAAUCUUUCAAAGUCAUGGAACUCUCGUAGUUGAUUUCUGUUUUAUUGAAAUAGUUAGAGAUGUCAUGGUUCAAUUAUUUGACUUUGUAGAAGUGAUAAGUAGUAGUCUUCGAUCACCGGAGAGGUUCAAAUUUUUAGACCUCCAUGAGGCGUUGUUGGAUCUUAUGCCGGAGCUGAACAAUCUUUUUCAAUCAAAGUCAACAGAACCUAUUGAAAUUGAGGUUGUUGAAUCGCCCUUUCGAAUCCGGGCUGUUGAGAUACUUUUAAGGCUCGCGGAUGCAGUAAGAAGGAGUCUAUUGCAACUGGAGAAUGAUUUGUGUCAUGAGUCGUCAGCGAAUCUGAUUCCAGAUGAAACUAUUCACAGCUUGACUAGGUAUGUGAUGGACUAUAUUACUCGCAUCUCUGAUUACAAGCAAUCCUUAACUUCAUUGAUUGUAUCUAAGCCAUCAACAGAUUUGAAAUAUUCCGACGAUGAUAAGACGACCAUUGAUAUGGAAUUUAUAGAAGUCGAGGGACAAACUCCAUUGGCACUCCAUUUAAUUUGGAUCAUUGAGAUUUUAGUAUGCAAAUUGAAUGUCAAGUCCGAGAACUAUGAAGAUGCUCAUUUGUUCAUGAUGAACAAUGUCCAUUACAUUGCUCAGAGAAUUAGAGACUGUCCAAAAUUGAGGAUGAUUAUUGGCGAUGAUUUUGCAAAUAAAUUAAUUGGAAAAGUUCAUCUGACAUGGAUGGUGCGUGCAGUAGAUUCAAACAGGAUGGGUCGUGUGACUCGUGUCUUAUUGAAGAUGCAAAAUUUGUUCCAUACGAUUGUAUUUUUGGGAUUGUAUGCUCUGCAAAGUCGCCUUAUGGAUAGUGAUUAA